GAUCACAGAAAAUCAAAACCCUUUCCCCUAACUAUCUCUCCCUUUCGUUCCCUUUGCGUUUCCCGUCUCGCCCUUCUCCUCUUCUUUCUUGUUCUUUCUUCUUUCAAGGAAUUCCAAUGGAAGAUGACGAUGAGUUCGGAGAUCUUUACACUGACGUUCUCAUGCCUUUCUCUUCAUCCGCUGCUCCCCCACCGUCUCACUCUCCUACCACUCCCCAUCUCCACCGUCCGAUUGAUUCCAAUCUUCCAUCCCAAGAUGGAGCCAAUACCUUCCUCGGAGCACCAGUUUCAAUCCCCGAUUCUCAAACCCUAGUGCCCAUUAAGUUUCAUCCUCCCGCUGCGCCAGCAGCAUCUCUGUGUUCGAUCCCUAACCGUGAUGAUUCAGCUCCCGAACCGAUGGUUUUGGAUUCUAAACAAGAACCUGCUGAUGGAAAUGAUGUUGUGUUUGAUAUUGAAGAGGGGAGUAGUAACGCGAUUGAUGGUUCCGGCUCGGAUGACCCGAUAAUUCCGGGUUUAACCGAAUCGGUUCGCCAGGGAGAUUCGGGGAGGAAUGAUGAUGGCAAAGAUAAUGGAAUUGAAGGCGGCGGUCAAGUGGAAGCCGGAGGGGAAGGAGAAGGGGAUGAUUGGGAUAGUGACAGUGAAGAUGAUCUACAGAUAGUGUUGAAUGACAACAACCACGGACCUAUGGCUAUGGAGAGAGGAGGAAUGAUGGGGGAAGAUGAAGACGAUGAUGAAGAUGGGGAUCCGCUUGUGAUAGUGACCGAUGGAGAUGCAAACCAAGGGAUAGAGGAACAGGAUUGGGGUGAAGGAGGAGGGCAGGCGGCGGAUGGAGAAGGGAAAGAAGGGGGAGAAGUAGGGCAGGUUGGCACUGCUGGCAGCAGCGGAGGGAGCGUGGUUGCGACAAAAAUUGGGUACAGCAACCAUGGGUUCCAUCCAUUUCAUUCUCAGUUUAAGUAUGUAAGACCUGGUGCAGCACCAAUGCCUGGAGCCACUGCAGGUGCUCCAGCGCAGGUUCGUCCAGUCAUGGGUGCUAUGGUUGGUCGGGGUAGAGGUGAUUGGAGACCACCUGGACUGAAAACUGGUCUUCCCAUGCAAAAAGGUCUCCAUCCUAGUUUUGGAAUGCCUGGUUGGGGUAACAAUGUGGGGCGAGGUUUUGGUGGUGGAUUGGAUUUCACGCUUCCUUCACACAAGACGAUAUUUGAAGUAGACAUUGAUAGUUUUGAGGAAAAGCCGUGGAAAUAUCCCGGUGUUGAUCUUUCGGAUUUCUUCAACUUUGGUCUGAAUGAGGAGAGCUGGAAAGAUUAUUGCAAACAACUGGAACAACGUCGCUUGGAGACAACAAUGCGAAGCAAAAUUCGCGUUUAUGAAAGUGGGCGAACAGAGCAGGACUAUGAUCCAGAUUUGCCUCCAGAAUUGGCAGCAGCAACUGGGCAAGAGAUUCCCGCUGAUGCCGCUAAUUUUGCAAAGUCAAAUGGUGGACAAAAUGAUUUGACAAAAGGAACUGCUCGCAUGCGACCUCCUCUACCAACUGGGAGAGCAAUACAGGUUGAGGGAGGUUCUGGGGAACGUCUCCCCUCCAUUGAUACUCGACCACCUCGCAUGCGUGAUUCAGAUGCAAUUAUUGAGAUUGUUUGUCAGGAUACUCUAGACGAUGAUUCCUACACAGGCAAUGCUGUUGAGGACCGAACAGAAAAUGAUCUGCCAAGGGAGGAUAUUAGGGGAGAUCUUGCAUCUGAAACCAAUAUUGCGCAUGAAGAAACUGAAUAUGUUAAUGGUUUUCCAAAUGCUUAUAGUAGUCGAAAGAGGAAGCCUGUUCGGAGUAGUGUGCCUGAAGAUGAUGGGAUUUUGCCCAUCUCUGCAGAAGCAUCGCUUCCUUAUGGUUCUGGAUCUAGGAGUCACAGUCCUAUGUAUCAUAAUGGGAACUUUGGCAGCCCUAGUGAUGAGAGGCAUAGACAGGGAAGGGCACGCAAGAGAUCCCCUCACACGACACCUAUUAGAGGUAAACAGGAUAAGUUCAGUGAUACCUAUUCUGGUGAGGAAGAAUCUGUUGACAGCAUGGAUCACAAAUCUCCUCUCCUGGUUAGAGAUGCCAGGGAGAUAAGUGUGGAGCGCAAGGGUGAUGUUGAUGAUGAGCUUGAGUUGGCCGAUAGAAGCCCUGAUAGAGGAAAAGAUGUGCUAAUAAAUGACACCCAUAAUGAUGAGAAUCCACUUAAUGAAAAAAUAAGUGCUCAAGUACAUCAACGGGAGCUUCAAGAAUGUGAAUGUGGUGAGGAUUCUAUGGCUGCAAGAAUUAGUGAAAACAGUGAAGCAAGAUCUGGCAGCUGUAGAGAUUAUCAGAAGAUGCGAGACGGUGCCGAUGAUGAAGUUGUUCAAGGUGUGCGUUCUUCUCGAACUUCAAUUGCCAAAAAGCGUCUUGAUGAACAUGAUCAGAAUUUACUGCGUAAAGAUUCUGAUGCAAGACGUGAGAUUGAAAGAAGCCAAAUUGUAGGGAAAUCAAGAGAAGGUUCUUAUCCUCUUAGAGACUUCGAUGCUGGCUCAUCACAUGAUUUGCACAUCAAAAUGGAGGGUUUUGAUAGGCGAAGGGAGAGUGAUAUUCUUGAUGUUGCUCGGCAACAGAGAGAAUAUGAUUUUCAUGGAAGAAAAGGUAGAACUGAGGACUCAAGGAAGAGAGAGCGUGACAAUGAAAUGGGUUCUAGGAACAGGGCUAAGGUUCGUGAAAGUGAGAGGAGUGACAAAGAAGAUUAUCAUCAACCUUCUAGAAAACAGUUGGAUAAUGGCAUUUAUAAAGCUCAUCUUGGUAAGGAUGACAGCGCUAGAUAUAGGGAAAGAGAUGAUAGUGAGAAGAGUAGAUAUGAAACAGCAGAUGAUUAUGACAGCAAAAGAAGGAAAGAUGAGGAGUAUCUGAGGAGGGAUAAUGCAGACAAAGAGGUGAUCUUGCAUGGCAACAGAGAAUCCAGCAGCAGUCGCAGAAAGCGAGAAAGGGAUGAAAUUUUAGACCCACGUAAGAGAGCUGAGCAACAAAGAAUUCGAGACAAUUUUGAUCAUCAAUCCGCUCGGGACAAAGAUGAGGUUUGGUUGCACAGAGAGAGGGUUGAGAAGCAGCGGGAGAGAGAUGAAUUGCAUAGACCAAAGCAAUCCCAUGACGAAAGUUUAUCAAAACGGGAGAGAGAAGAAGGACGAAGUACUGCAAGGAUUGGACGUAGUUCAGAAGACAAAGCAUGGAUUGGCCACUCUAGGACAAAGGAUGAACAUAAAGUUUCUGAAAAGGAAUACCAACUCAAAGAGACAAUACGCCACUGUGAACAGGUGAAAAGAAGGGAUCAGAAUGGUGAUGAAAGUUUCUCACGCCAUAGAGGGCGCGAAGGUUCGUAUGCACGGGGACACCAAUUUAGCAAUGAUGACAGAAAAUCCAGGCAGGAAAGGACAAGCACCCGGAGUGAGCAUGCUGUCGAUGCUUCGGAUAGCCAAAGGGGCCAUGAGAAGAAACAUAAAGAAAAUACUAGGAAGAAUAGAGAAUCUGAAGGUGAAGAUCCAAUCAGUUUGGGUUCUGCUAAGAGAAAUCAAGAAGAUUUAAGUGGUCACUACGAUGAAACGGGCUUGAAAAGUGAUGAGAAGAAUGAGGAUCCAGUUCAUUAUAACCCUUCCAGAAAACAUAGAGAAGAUGCUUAUUCGGAUGAUGAGCAGAAAGAGUCAAAACGGGGGCGCUCCAAAGUGGAACGUUGGACAAGCCAUAAGGAGAGGGAUUACAUUAUCAACAGCAAGUCAUCGGCUUCCUCAAAGAUCAAGCAGAUCGAGAAGAUCAAUAAUGUGGAAGCUUCAGAUUCUAACAAAACUCCAGAUGAACCUGGUACGUCAAUUGAGCCUUCCGAGAACCAUCACUCUUUGUCUGACAAUAAAAAUAUUGGUGAGCCAGAGACCAAGGAUGUUGAUGCAAGGCCAUCAGAUGAUCGGCAUCUUGACACUGUUGAGAAGCUGAAGAAGCGAAGCGAGAGGUUCAAACUUCCAAUGCCCAAGGAAAAAGAUGCCGUGGCGAUAAAGAAGAUGGAGAGCGAGCCACUGCCUUCAGCCAAGAAGGAAACUCCUGCAGAGUCUGAGGUGAAACCUGAGAGGCCAGCCCGAAAACGAAGGUGGAUCAGCAAGUAAUCCCACAGUUUGCUGCAUUACAAGGUCUUAAAUUGUAAGACCCCAAAGGUCGUGCCAUAAGGGUUCCCAGGAUGGACAUGUACCAUUAUAACGUUGGUAUCGCAAAUGACAUCGUAACAGUGCCACCACCAUGUACUUUUUAUUUCUUCUCUCGAUACUGUGUAUAUACUUAGAGAAUGUAACAUUGAACCUGUCAUAAAUAGUUGGCACAUAUUGACUCAGAUGUAUUGCUCAGAUUUGGUGACACUGUCCUUUCGAGCCUGUGUAGAAGUUAAGGGCAUCAGAGCAGGAACUUGUUUUCUUGCCUUACAGCUUUCACUUCUUUG